UGGGGAAUUAUCGGCCAGGUACGGAUUUAAUCAGUUAACUCAGGCACGGUUAAGAUUACAUACUUUUUUUAUUUACCCAGUUCUGGACAGUUUAAUAAAAUAUUUUGUAGGAACUUCUUUGGAUGUAAAUUUUUUAAACGAAUUUAAGUUCCAAAGCUGUCAAACAUCAUAUAUUUCUAGCGGAUAUGAGGUGACGAGAGAGCAGCGCGCGACACCCAAGGGCGAUGUCGGCCGGCCAGGCGGCAGGGGGCGGGGAGCCCAAGGAGGAGCGCAAGCGCAAGGAGAGCAUCCUCGACCUGUCCAAGUACCUGGACAAGAACAUCAGGGUGAAGUUCGCGGGCGGGCGGGAGGCGGCCGGCGUCCUCAAGGGCUACGACCCCUUGCUGAACCUGGUGCUGGACGACACCACCGAGUUCCUCCGCGACCCCGACGACCCCUACAAGCUGACGGACGACACCCGGCUGCUGGGGCUGGUGGUGUGCCGCGGCACGUCGGUGGUCCUCAUCUGCCCCGUGGACGGCAUGGAGAGCAUCCCGAACCCGUUCAUAUAGCGGGGGUCCCCGUUCCCGCGGCCUCGUGUCGCUUCCCCAAACGCACCUCCGGAGAAACAGUUUUACGGCUGCAGCACAGCUCGAGAAUUUCAUCGGCACGGCCGAGAAGUGUCGGUUCAAAGUGACGGGAAAGAACUUUGGUUCGUGAAUAAUUUCCAUCAUAGCCAUAUAUUUAUGAACAAAUUCUUUUUUUUUUCUAGUAAGACAUUAAUUUUUUAGGUUAUUAUUUUGGGUUUCUGUCUGGAGUGCAUUGGAGUAACACUCCACAAUGAAUAAAAAGCUAUCAUUAAGAAAAUUAAAAGUGUCAUAUAAAAAAAUGUGCUGUUAUUUUUUCUAUUAAAGAUUACUAUUCUCACUGAAGUAAA